AUGUCACCCCAUGGUCUAGCAAUCAGAAUCAUCUUUGUUGCUCAGACAGGAGUUGGAAUGCUGGGAAAUAUUUUGCUUUUAUACAAUUAUAUCUUCAUUCCCAACCCUGAUAAAAGGCUAAAAUACAUGCAUCUGAUCAUCAAAAAUUUAAUUUUGGCAAACUGUUUGGUUCUUCUCUCCAGAGGAAUUCCUCAUACAAUAGUCGUCUUGGGGCUGCAAUAUUCUAUGGGGGAUAUUGGGUGCAAAUUUGUCUUCUAUGUUCAUAGAGUGGCCCGGGGUGUGACUCUUAGUACUACCUGUAUCUUGAGUGGACGCCAGGCCAUCACAAUUGGCCCUAACCAUUGCCACUGGGUGAAAGUCAAGGCCAAAGACCCCAAGUACAUGACAUGUUCCAUUUCGUUCUGCUGGAUUCUUCACAUACUGGUGAACAGUGUUUUCCCUGUGUACAUUACCGGUGCCAGUGAAAGCACCAACAGCAGCCAGUAUAAAUACCUUGGGUACUGUUCCAGUAUAGUUAUUGAAAGAAUGGAAAAUUUACUGUACUCUGUAAUCAUGUCUUCCAUUGAUGUGCUGUCUUUGGGGUUUAUGGUGUGGGCCAGCGUCUUCAUGAUGCUCAUUUUGUACAGACAUAAGCAAAAUGUUGUACACAUUCACAGCAAGAACUUCUCUUCUAAGCUCUCUGCUGAGACCAGAGCCACCCAGACCAUCUUCCUUCUGCUAAUCACAUUUUUCUCUUUAUACAUCCUGUCUUCAUUCUUUACCUUUUAUCUGUCUUACUUUGACCAGCCCAGUCCGUGGCUGGUGGACAUCAGUGCACUUUUGGCUGCCAGCUUCUCCUGUUGUAGUCCAUUUGUGCUCAUCAGCAGGGAUGCGUAUUUCUCCAGGCAAUUUUGCCCGCUGCCAAAAGAUGGACAAUUUCUCUAA